AUGUCAGACAUUGAAUCAUCAGAAAACACACCUUUGCUUUCGCCAUCAUCAACCCCCUCAUCCGAUACUAUUUGCCCCGACGCCCCAGACCGCUCCGUCGAACAUGAUACCAUUCCCGAAACCGCUACAUAUGGAAGGAACAUCUCAUGGUCUAGCGCAUACAUCCUGGUAAUAUCACGCGUCAUCGGCAGCGGCAUUUUCGCAACACCGGGUGCAAUUGUCAAGUCCGUUGGGAGUAUAGGGUUGGCAUUAUCGCUCUGGGUGGUAGGGACCAUUCUUUCCGCAGGUGGCUUGGCUGUAUCGCUCGAAUAUGGAUGUAUGCUGCCUCGUUCAGGAGGCGACAAGGUAUAUUUGGAGUUUACGUAUCGAUAUCCACGAUUCCUGGCCUCAACUCUGGUAGCCGUGCAGGCAGUUUUGCUAGGAUUUACGGCGAGUAAUUGUAUCAUCUUCUCAAAGUAUACCUAUUUCGCAUUCAGUAUUGUGCCGAGUGAUCUACAAAACAAGAUUUUGGCUGUUGGUUUGCUGACUUCGGUCACAAUUAUGCAUGGUUGUUCCAUGAGGACUGGUAUCAUCGUACAGAAUGCACUGGGAUGGGUCAAAAUCUUCCUAGUUGUUUUCAUGGCGCUCAGUGGAGUUUAUGUGAUUCUCUUUCAUCGAGGAGGCGACUUCACAGGUACUCUAACGAUGAAUGAUAGAGGCGACCCUUGGAAGGACUUGUGGGCAGAUUCCGAUUGGAGUUGGAAUACUAUCUCGACGUCAUUAUUCAAAGUGUUUUAUUCCUAUGCGGGCCUGAGUAACGCGAAUAACGUCAUGAACGAAGUCAAGAAUCCAGUACGGACGCUGCGUAGUGUCAGCCUAGCAGCUUUAGUCACAUCGUGCCUUUUAUAUAUGCUGGCGAAUGUAGCUUACUUUUUGGUUGUGCCACUCGAUGAAAUCAAACAGAGCGGCGAGCUAGUUGCCGCACUUUUCUUCGAGCGUGCGUUUGGCCCUAGAUGGGGGAGGACCUUCUUACCUCUGAUGAUCGCAGUCUCGGCGGCUGCGAAUGUCAUGGUGGUGACGUUUGCAUUGGCUCGCGUCAAUCAAGAAGUUGCCCGGCAGGGAUUUCUACCUUUUUCAAGAAUAAUCUCCAGCUCCAAGCCCUUCAACUCUCCAUUUUGGGGAUUGAUAAUUCACUACAUUCCAUCUCUGCUCGUCAUCGUGCUCCCUUCCCAAGGAGCGGUAUACAACUUUAUUCUGGAUGUUGAAGGGUAUCCCGGUCAGAUAUUCGGUCUAGCGGUCACAGCUGGACUAGUAUUGCUUCGUCAUCGAAGACCAGACUUGAAGCGACCAUUUAAGGCCUGGUUGCCCGCUGUCUGGCUAAGAAUUGCUACAAGCAUUGCGUUGCUCGCUGCACCAUUCUUUCCGCCGCCGGAUUGGAAGGGUGAUGUCGACUUUUUCUAUGCUACGUAUGCAAUUGUUGGUGUUGGAAUCAUCUUAUUCGGCAUCAUAUAUUGGUAUAUCUGGACAGUCCUACUUCCCCGGCUAGGAAACUAUACACUAGAGGAAGAGACCGAAGUUCUCGAUGAUGGUACAAGUAUCACGAAACUCGUGCACAAAUACAGGAUGUGA